AUGGAAACUCAAAUCGGUAAAUCUUUCAGUCUCCUGUCUCCGAAUUCGCACUAUUCCCACACUCUCAAUGACUUUAAUUCCCUUUUCAAUCACCUCAACACUGUCAUUUCUACUCCAAACCCUAAACAUCGAUCGGAGCACAACACAAAAUUUCCUAAAAUUUGUAAUAAUCUCAGAUUUUCAUCAACUACUAUUUCUAUUGAAGGAAGAGUUAAAAACCCUGAAAAACCCACCUCUCAGAAUUGGCUAAAGCCAGCUACCAGAGGCUCCCCAACCGUUCAUGCUCUGUUUAAGGAACUGUCGGUUCUUGAAAGGGCCCUCAUUGGUGCUGGUGGUGGUGGAAUUGCUGGUGCAUUCACUUAUGUGUGCCUUCAUCCACUUGAUACUAUUAAAACGAAGCUCCAAACAAAGGGGGCAUCAGAAAUUUAUAGUGGCACAGUUGACGCCAUUGUUAAGACUUUCAAAAGUAGGGGAAUUCUUGGAUUUUACAGCGGGGUUUCUGCAGUAAUAGUCGGGUCGACUGCAUCCUCUGCUGUGUAUUUUGGGACCUGUGAGUUUGGGAAGUCGAUCUUGUCUAGAAUUCCACAGUACCCGCCUUUAUUGAUUCCUCCAACUGCUGGUGCAAUGGGGAAUAUUGUGUCGUCUGCUAUAAUGGUUCCAAAGGAGUUGAUUACUCAGAGAAUGCAGGCUGGUGCAAAGGGGAGGUCUUGGAAUGUUUUGUUGAGUAUUUUGGAAAAAGAUGGCAUUUUGGGCCUUUAUGCUGGGUAUAGUGCUACAUUGCUUAGGAAUUUGCCUGCUGGAGUGCUGAGUUAUUCAUCGUUUGAGUACUUGAAAGCUGCAGUUUUGAGUAAGACGAGAAAGGCUAAUUUAGAGCCAUUUCAAAGUGUUUGUUGUGGGGCAUUGGCAGGGGCAAUAUCAGCUUCUUUGACAACCCCCUUGGAUGUGGUGAAGACUAGGUUGAUGACUCAGGUUCACAGAGAGGCCACGAAUAAGGUUGCUGCUGCAAUGUAUGGUGGAAUUGCAGCCACUGUUAAACAGAUUUUGAAGGAAGAAGGAUGGGUUGGAUUUACUCGUGGAAUAGGGCCUAGAGUUCUUCAUAGUGCCUGCUUUUCAGCUAUAGGGUACUUUGCGUUUGAGACAGCUAGGCUUACGAUUUUGAAUCAUUAUCUCAAGCAAAAGGAGCUUCAAGCCAUGGCACUCGCUCCCAAGUUGCCACUCAACCAAACUGGAUGA